AUGAAGGUAGCGAAGCGGAGGCGAUCCUCCUCUAUCUCAUCGCCUCCACCCAUGAAGAAGGCGUGGCUUUGCUGGGACGCUGGAGAGAAGAUGGAUUCGGACUCGUACUUGUACGCACCCGGUGGGGCCCCUUGGCACCAUUGGCUAACAGUCCAGCAGUGGUAUGCUGUUCGAAACGGUUGAAGUGCAUCUUCGCGGCGUGGUCGAGUCCAUCACCGUCCACCGAGGAAUACUUGCACAAGAAUCGGAAUGGUUCGCACAAUACGUCGACAACGACGGCAACCUCUUCCUGGACGAAUAUGAUGCCCAGACCGUUCAAACGUUCCUCGUCUGGCUCUACUCCGACCAACUCCUCGCUCCGAUCAUCCAACCCAAAGGCCCGCCGGAGGAGCACAUCAAAGGCUGGAGUGAAGAGAUGCUCACAAACCUGUGGACAUUUGCGUGGUCGUACAACGUACGACGUCUCAAAAACGACAUCAUCACCUGUCUGAUCCAGCAGUACAUGGAGAAGACCGAAUUCCCCGGGUUCUUGACCAUCCAGAAUGUGAUCGGCAGCUGCGGCUACGACUGCGCCUUCAUCCGCUUCUUCGCCUAUCAUCGCGCUUCUCGUGGGUUGAAGGGCUCGUCGCACUUGCCGGACAACCUCCACGAGUAUCCUGCCGGUUUCCUGGCCCAUGUACUGCGGGAGGUGGCCAAGAUCCGAGAGCUGCGUAACGAUGGGAAGAGUCCCAAGGUGACCUUCUCGGCGGAGUUGGCUUGUCGAUGGCACGAGCAUCUCACGGCGCGAGAGGCGGAGUUGUGUCAGGAGAGGGGUGGAUAG